UAAACCCUUGCUUGGGACUACGGACGCCCAAUCUGACUAGCCCGUUCUAGGGCGUAAGUUAAGAGAGACGAUCCCGCAUAGAAGACUUCUUUUGCCUUGGACUGGCUGCCAUCUGUUCGAUCAUCGAGCACUUGCUACUCACCGAUAAAUCCGCCAUUGCAUCAGUUAUCCGCCUGAUGCCGGUGGACGAGAAUGCCAUGACUUGGUUCGGCUCCAGCUUGCGUCUCUCCAUUUCCAUCAGGAGUAAUGCGACGUUCCAUUAAGGCCGGGCUGGCUCAUGGUGAUUAAUUGCCGGUGAAGGGGCUAAGCCGUUGGGCUGAAGGGGCGUCUAGUCUCCAUCGAGGGUUACUAGGGCACUAUUUUACAGCUUCGACGGGGCCAUUUAUUUGGCCGAUUGCCCUACGCCAGAGCCCCUCAUGGCUCAAAUAUAACUAUCAGAGGAACCUCAAGCUCUCUUCUCUAGUACCAUCUGUCAGUGUUGUGAUUAAUGUUGCUUUGGCCCGACCUGUUUGUUUCUGACAGUUCCUGGGUUUCGUAUCCCGACACAGAGUUGAACCCCUCUUUUUACGCUCAAUCCAAGGCCCUCAUCUGGCCCUCCUUUCGCAAGGGGCUUUUAUUGCACACAAAAUCCGCGAAUAUUGUCUGUCCCCUGUUGGGCUUGGUCUCAUAAAUGGACUAUACAUACUACCAGCCACCGUUUCAGCAGCAAUACUCGCCGUAUCAAAUACCACAUCCACAGCAGACCGAAGUCGCUCAGCAGAGCCAAUUUCAUCAGCGGCCCGGUGGUGACCAUUAUGAUCCCCGUUUCCAACCAUUUGAUACCCAGCUUCAUUUUGACUCUUCUACUCUCAUGGGAGUGCAUUCACUGCCUUCGCCGGGCCAUUAUGGGAAACAUGUAACUGAUUCCCAAGUUAGCGAUGGUGGCGGAAUUGCACGAAUUACUCUUGAGAAUGGAAUGGAGGACUUUCCGUCCGACAAGACCCUACCAAGGGGUAGUAGCGAAGAGAAGGAAACGUUGACACCGGCUCAAAGUAGGCGUAAGGAACAAAACAGAGCUGCCCAACGCGCGUUUCGCGAACGAAAAGAACGCCGUGUUCGUGACCUCGAACAGGAAUUGAAUCAAUAUAAAAGCAACUAUUCCUCACUCAUGGAAGACCACAGAAGUUUAAAAAGGCAAAUAGAAAAAGUUGCGACGGAGAAUGAAAUUCUUCGAGCUACAUCGAACAGCAACGCGCAGGGAUCGAUUGCCGACUAUGGGCCUAACCGGGUACCCACGCCAACCGGCCUACUGAGAAAUUUAUCUGAUUAUUCUUCAUGCAGUGGAAAUAAGAAAGAACUUGCCUCUCGCACUUUGAGUGGUAACGGGAAGCCGGGGCAGAAACUGCUAGACGCAUCCGCUACGUGGGAUUUGAUCGUGCGUCAUUUGUCAAGCCGGGGUGUGAAGCUCGACAUCCAGGACAUAUACGACAGGUUAAAGAGCCACACCCUGCCUGAUGGCAAAGGUCUUGUUGUCGAUGAAGCACAUGUGCUUCAGGUUAUUGAGGAGAGUGCGGCCGCAGGGAGCGAUGAACUCAUUUAGAUUUUACCCAAUGUCCUUAGCAUCCCCUUCGCAACACUUUCUCCACAUUUGUUCUCAGCCAUACCAGCAACGAUCCGUUCAAUACAACUAUGUUCCCCUGUAUUUAUCUCCGUUGAAGGCAAACAUUGUGGUUACGUUUAAUAUACAUAUAUCCCUUAUUAUUGGAAUUUCUUUGACUGAAUACCAAUUAAUUGCUUACACAGCAUAUCCCACCCAUGCCUCUGUUGGUCGAAAUUGUUGUCCCUUGUUAUCUUCGACAAGUGGAGAUAUAUCCUGAAAUUAACCUCCACAUUUUUAAUUAUCUUGGGUUUGAUCGUUUUUAGCCUGGAGUUCAACCUGCUGCAUGUCUUUCUCCUUGAUAUCUAAUACAUUACCUUGUUUCAGCUUGGCAUUUUGCAUAAAAAAGAGUACAUAAUUAUCCUUUAGAUAUAUUUUAGAUAUAUAUUAUAGCUAUCC